AUGGGUAGAAUUUUUCUGGAACACAUCAACGGCCAAAAGCUGUACAACUGUGCCGCUUGCAAUACCAAUCUGACCAACUGGGAGCAACUCAUCAGCACCAGAUACAUUGGAACAACCGGUCCAGCGUAUUUGUUCAGACGAGUGGUCAACCUUACGCAAUCCGAGGUACAAUACCGGUAUAUGAACACCGGACACCAUCUGGUGCGCGAUGUCAUGUGCAAGAAGUGCAAAGUCAAGCUGGGUUGGAUGUACGAGUUUGCGAUGCAAAAGCCACAAGAGUUCAAGGAAGGAGCUGUUCUUCUUGAGCGAAGUAAGAUCGUCGAAUCGAAGGGUUUCAAGGACAUAGAAGAGUGA